CCGAAAUCACCCAACUAAAAGCCCAACUAGCCGAAUACGAAAACCAAGAAACUUCCUCACAAACCAGCCAAGAAAGCUCUUAUUCUAACCUCACUACUAAAAUCGCCCAAAAAAAGCAAGAACUAGCUAAUUUAAGAGAUACUACCCGCAAGCCCACUAAAUUUUUACGCAAAGAAAUCGAACUCUUAGAAAAACUGCAACAAUUAGCCCAUAAAGUUAGCGAACUAGAAGAAAAAGAGGCUAAUUAUCGACAACAAAUCAGCCAAAAAGAGCAAACUAUUAGCCAAAAACAAGGACAAAUUGAACACCAAAUUACCCAAUUAAAAGAACAAAAAGAUACUUUCCAAAAAAGUGCCGAUUAUUUGCGGGAAACUUUACGGGGAACGGAGAAGAGUUUAGAAGAUAUCAAGCGAGAGUUAGCGGAAAGCCAAACCCAAAACCAAACUAAUGAGCAGACUUAUCAGCAAAGUUUAGAGCAAAAAGAAGAAGUUUUGCGACAAAGAAACGAGGCUUUUAGAGUGUUACAAGAGCGGAAUGUUGGUUUACAAGCUAACUUAACUAAGGCCAGUGAAGAAAUUAGCCAGUUAAGUCAGUGGAUUAGCCAGUUAGAAAGUGCCUCAGUGGCAGGAGAUGCUUUUGUUAAUUUGAAAGGUGAGUUGGCUAAGUCUCAGCAGGCUGUUAUUGAUUUGCAAGAACAAUUGAGUGCUAAACAGCCUAAAAACUAUUGGUGG